GUCGGGGACUGCUGGCGGAGUGUUUGUGGACACUGUUUGAUUCCAAGGGGAACCAUUGUCAGCAGGGUCGUAACCUCAUUAUGCUGUGUCGCUGUACAUGUCCUCCUUUAGAGUGUCCUAACAGCGGUGACUUUUCCUGAGGAGGCUGGGGAUGAGCAGACACCCAAGACCCUCACCUUCCUCAGCUGGGUGCUCUCUGGACCCUGACAGAUGUGACCCACCAUCGUUUAAAGACAAUCGAAAAGAUGACAUUUGGCUUGUAGAUUUUUAUGCACCAUGGUGUGGUCAUUGUAAAAAACUGGAACCGAUUUGGAAUGAAGUUGGUCUUGAGAUGAAAAGCAUGGGUUCUCCAGUUAAAGUUGGAAAGAUGGAUGCUACUUCCUAUUCUGGCAUUGCUUCAGAGUUUGGAGUUCGAGGUUAUCCAACAAUUAAGCUAUUAAAGGGCGACUUGGCAUAUAAUUAUAGAGGACCACGAACUAAAGAUGAUAUUAUUGAGUUUGCUCACAGAGUAUCUGGGGCCCUGAUCCGGCCGCUGCCCAGCGCGCAGAUGUUCGAGCACGUGCGGAAAAGACACCGUGUAUUUUUCGUUUACGUAGGUGGGGAGUCACCUUUGAAGGAGAAAUACAUAGAUGCUGCUUCCGAAUUAAUUGUAUAUACAUACUUCUUUUCUGCCUCAGAAGAAGUGGUUCCUGAGUACGUGACACUGAAAGAAAUGCCUGCGGUGCUUGUUUUCAAAGACGGAACUUACUUUGUUUACGACGAGUAUGAAGAUGGUGAUCUGUCAUCUUGGAUCAACAGAGAGAGGUUUCAGAACUAUCUGACUGUGGAUGGCUUCCUCUUGUAUGAACUUGGAGACACCGGAAAGCUCGUGGCUAUUGCAGUUAUUGAUGAGAAAAAUACAUCAGUCGAGCAUAUCAGAUUAAAGUCAAUUAUUCAGGAAGUCGCUAGAGAUCACAGAGAUGAGUUCCACAGGGAUUUUCAGUUUGGACAUAUGGAUGGGAAUGACUAUAUAAAUACCUUGCUAAUGGACGAAUUGAAAAUCCCCACUGUUGUUGUGCUGAACACUUCGAACCAACAGUACUUUUUACUGGACAGACAGGUUCAGAGUGCUGAGGACCUGGUCCAGUUCAUUCGUAGCAUUUUGGACGGCACAGUAGAAGCCCAAGGAGGUGACAGCAUUUUGCAGAGAUUGAAAAGAAUAGUGUUUGAUGCCAAGGCUACUGUUGUGUCUAUCUUCAAGAGCUCUCCAAUCAUGGGCUGCUUUCUCUUUGGCCUGCCACUGGGUGUCAUCAGUGUCAUGUGCUACGGCAUCUACGCCGCCGACACAGACGGAGGUUACAUAGAAGAGCGAUACGAAGUGUCCAAAAGUGAAACUGAAAGCCUGGACCUGGUGGACGAGAGCGGAGGGCAGCAGGAGCCCGGAGGUGGAGACGGCCGGGGGCCUGCCGUGCAGGAGCCCAAAGACGCCUCGGAGAAGAAGAGAGACUGAGCUUUCACCAGCGUCAGGUUCCAUAGCCUGUCAGAUUAGUCAAGAGUCUAUUCAUUGAAUUCAGACACUUAAUCAUGAUCUUUACAGAAGAGAAUGUGUUAUUUGUAUUUUGCUGUUACCAACUGCAUGGAUUAAAGUGGUCCCUUGCGUAAAUGGGCAGAUGUUUGGAGCAGAGAGAGGAAAGGUUUGUCUAAAGCAAACAAAACACACUCCAUCACGGUUUGUUUAUCUUGUAGAUGCUGUUACAGCAGAUCAGUUCGAUUUGCAUGUUUCUCUGUCUCAUAUUCUGUGGCAGAAUUAAGAUUCUCGGGCAGAAUAUUUCAAAUUGGUCAGUCAGGUAGAAGAAUCGUAUUUGAUAGAGAAAAAUAAUACCUCUACUUCCAUCCAUUCUCCUCUGAUAUUUUGGAUAAGAUUUAUAUGGACAAAAUUAUGUCUUUAAAAUUUAGGCACUUUAGGGAGAACCAACAACUUUUUCCAUGGGUCAAGUUAAGAUUAUGAGGUUAAGAAUAAUUUGAUUUUAUAUAGCGUAGUGAUUUUAUUUUGUUGUUAUUUUUAAAAGAAGAAAUGUUACUUUUUAACUUAAUACUUGGUUGCGUUAUAAAAUGUUCACAUUGGCCUAUAGAGUGGCAAAAAAAUAGACUUACGUUUCAUCUUUGCAACGUAAACUGGAUUUCCUUGGAGCAGUGAUUUCAAGCCAUGCCCUGGGACACUCCUCAGGUGUCACUGCAGGAACCGGAGGCACUGUCACCCACCCCUGCCCUGCUCUAGCCAGGCAGCCUACCUUCCUUCUGUUUUCUAUUUUGGAGUUUCUUCUAAAAAUUUCCUUUGGUAAAAGGCUCUUGCUGCUUUUUAAAGAGUAAUAUAUUUUUAUGUUUAUGGCAUGGUAACUUAUCUAAUAUGUGCUUGUAUGUAUGUACACACACACAUCCAUAUGAACGUAUAAAAUGUAUCGACAUGCAUCUGUUAUGUAACAUCAUGGGCCUGUUCAUGAUGAGUAAUGAGUGACAUCAUCAUUCUGUCCACAAGAUUCAUGUCCAGUGACUGCAGAGGUCAGCCAGUUACCUUCUUCAUCCUCAGUUCUGUCACCUGUCCUCUCAUCCUCUCUCCAUAAUGAAUCACAUACGAAUUCGUUCUUGAGUAAUGUAUAGAAAUUGGUAUUUUUUAAAAUAUCAGUUUGGUAUGUUUAUUUUAGAUGAGUUUAUUUUCGAGGCCUUUGUUUUAGCUACGUUUUGAAUUUUUAUUAGGUAACUAUUAUUUGGGUGAUUAUUCAUUGAGCAAUUGAGUUAUUUAAUAUAAAGGAUUUUAUUAAACAUUUGAAAUGUUUAUAAUCACUUUAAAACUCUGUAGUUCAUGGUCCCGAUUCUGAAGCUGUUUAGGGCUCUGGCCCCCAAGGGCAGCCUUGGUUAUCUCUGAUGCCACGUUGAUCGCAGCUAAACCGAAACCCUGGAUCUUAAGAACUAAGGGGUUGGCAAUUGUUUUCUUGUGUCGUGUACUUUAUUGGUGUAUAAUAAUGUCACGCCAUUAUUACCUUUAAUAAUGAAACACAUACGCAGUCACCUAUGCAGGGAAUUUCAGGAAAUGCUAGAAUGAAAUGUUCUUAAGUGGAAAUUGGAGACACAGGCUAUUCAUUUACCAAGUGUAUUCCUUCCCAAAGAGACGUGAGGGAUUCUUCUGGAAGGUACACAUUAAUGUGCCCAGCGGUCAAGCCUGUUUCACAGCAGUGAAAAGCUCAGGUAAAUACAGAUGCUUCACUCGAGUCUCGGUGUAGGGAGGAAAUUAAGGCUUAGCCACGGACAGUGACAGGAGGAAGUUGUAGAAAAUGUCAUUGCUUUUUUCCUUCAUGUUUACCACAUGUUUAUCCUAUGUCAUCUGUUUGUUUUUGUCUUAAGCAUCGCCUAUAAAUGUACAACCUCAAUAGGGGAAAGUAAAAAAAAGUAGAACUCAGUAUGUGUCAACAAACAAAAGUCCAGCAGUCUUUGUCUAAUGAGAUUUUUUAGGCUAAUGCCUUAGUCUGUUACCUUUUUCACAACUCAGUGCUGCUGCCCCAUAUUGUUUGUUUUCACAAUAUAUCAGGAAACAGAGUGUAGGUGGUUUAUAAGUGAAUAAUUUGAUUUCUUUUUUUUUGUAUUAAAAGUUUGCUUUUUACUUACAUCUUCUUUAGAAUCUUGUCAGACUCCUCACAGGACAAAUUUUAGUAUAUGUGCUGCCGAAGCGAGCACUCACAAAACAUUUAAAAAUGUUUGUUUGCUGGUAUGUUAUUCCCUUCAGUGUGAUAUCUGAGCUUACUAGGAAUGCUAUUUUCAUUUCCAGAAAAAAAAAAAUCAAAAUAAAAGAUUUCUUAACAAAUCUGGUAGAACAGAUAGCAUCCUAAUUGAUGGAUGAAUCUUACCAUGAUGACCUAUCACUAGAGGGAAUGUCCUUCAGUCUUGGAGUUUUUUGCCUUCUCUAUUAGUCGCAAUAAGUUUCUAUUUCUGACUUCUAAAAUUCACAAUCCUAGAUGCUCACUGUUGCUGAACCUGGUGCUCAGACAGUGGUCAAAGAACUCACAGAGAAAGGGCGUGUUUUUAAUCAAGCCGAGCACCCAUUGCAGCUUGCAGCCCUUUCUGUUUGUUUCAUUGUGUAUAUUAAUAUUUCUCUAGCAACUGCCUUCUGGAACUUGUUUGAGGUGGAUCAGACCUGGAAUUUUCAUCUUCUUCUGCAUACACAGCGCUUCUUGGUAUCUGACUGAGAGGUGACAUUAAGAGCCAGCUUUCCAGAGGUCAAAGGAAGGGUCUGUCUGCGUAGUUCACCAGUUAGCUUUAGCUAUGUUGUUUUUAGUGGAUUUUUGUUGUUUCUUGUGUGUGGUUUCAGGGGCUUCUUUGGGGAGGGGCUCGGGUUGUACAAAAAGUAAUUUAAAUAUUUUUGUCAUCGCUUCAGUGUGACGUGGCGAUAGGACAGAGAAAACUCAGCUCCUGUCAUGAUGCAGAAGUUGUUCAAAUAAGCCAGUUUGGGGUGGUAAGACUAUCAACUGGUGGGCUUAGGUUUGCCAUUUUAUUUUUAUAAAUAUCUAUUUUUUCUGAACGUGUCUGAGUCCAGGAGUGGGCAAAAAAAUAAUUUUCUACUGUGGACUGCCUAUAAAGGUUUUUUGAAAGUCUGUAUUACUAGUUGAAUCCUGAUGUCCGGCCUUAAGGCACCAAUUGUAAACCUUUGUUUUUCUAAAAUAAAUUAAUUGAAAAACCUGUAA